UAGCGUAGCAUCAUCGGCGAGGGCUAAAACUACUGGCAACAUGGGCAGGAUCAUUUUCUACGAGGAGAGAAACUUCCAGGGCCGUUCGUUUGAGAGCAGCGGUGACAGUUCCGACAUCCACUCUCACCUGAGCCGCUGCAGCUCCGUUCGUGUCGACAACGGCUGCUUCAUGGUCUACGACAGGCCAAACUUCAACGGGAACCAAGUCUUUCUGAGGAGGGGAGAGUACGCAGAUGUGCAGAGGAUCGGGAGUCUGACCGGGAUGGGAGGGGCCUUUCAGAUGGAGUCCAUUCGCUCUUGUCGCAUGAUCCCUAUGCACAGAGGCCAGUUCCGGGUCCGCGUUUAUGAGCGUGAAAACCUCUUGGGUCAAAUGCACGAGCUGAUGGAGGACUGCGAGUCUCUGCAGGAGCGCUUCUACAUGUCCGACUGUCAGUCCUGUCACGUGAUGGACGGACACUGGCUGCUGUUUGAACAGAACAACUUCAGGGGGCGCCAGAUGUACGUGCGCCCAGGGGAGUACCGCAGCUUCCGGGACAUUGGAGGCAGUAACGUGAGCAGGAUCAGCUCAUUGAGGAGGAUCAUGGACAACUGCUGAGACAGAGAAUGAGAAAUAUAUGAGCAAAUGUUGUAAAAAUGUGAAUUAAAAAUAAGAAAUUAAAAGUUGAAAUACA